AUGGCCGACCUGUUGCGCCUAUCACGGCCAUGGCUACUUUCCUCGCUGCGGUCGCGAGCACCAUCUCCCGUCCUCUCUCCUCUCUGCCGCAGCUUUAGCACAACGCCGUCCCUAAGCAGAACGAUCGGGAAAGGCCACAAGCAGCAUGAGCCCGCCGUUACCCCAUUACUUCCCAAAUCCUUAGUGGUCCCACCCAUUUGGCGGUUUCCGCGAAGUCCGACGAAGUUCGUCCACAUGCUAUGGCUAAUUCUCAAGACUCGUUUCUAUGACCUACGGGCAUUGAUGUCAAUGAAAGCGAUGUCAAUGGACCCAAUGAAGCUCAGCAGGCCGCGUUUCAAGUACAGAAAGUCCACCUUCGUGCCCGCCGCAAAGGCGCUGCACAUUCAGAUGUCCGAAGCUAUGGCUGCCGGCGACAAGGAGACCCUGCGAGUCGUAUGCACAGGGGAGCUAUACAAUAAGCUCGCUAGCGCCAUAGAUAGCCGUCCCAAGGGCGUGCGCUCCGAGUGGGAGCUCGUUCGCUACGAGAAGUCCUGGCGGUAUCCGCGACUGGCCGACGCAAAGCUUGGCACUCAACCCCAUUCCCGCGACAAAGCUCUGCUUCAGCAGGCCAUCGUCAGCAUCGCCAGCGUCCAGCGCAUAGCGCGCUACGACGACUCCAAGGGCGGCAUCAUGAUCGACGGGAGCGAGCGCGUGCGCCACAUGGUCGAGCACAUCGUCAUACAAUGCAUCAUAAAUCCCUACACCUUCGAGGCCGGCCCUUGGCAGAUCUGGGGCACGUUGCCCGAGUCCACUUACGAAUCUAUACUAGAGGAAGAAGAAGACUUGGCCUUUAUGAUGGAAGAGUUCGCCAAAACUAACAAGAGUAGAGAGUUCAAUCGAUAA